UUCCUGUGAGUUAUAGCAUCGAAAGCUCAGGAAAGCGCUUAGUGCAGGAUAAAGGUUUUGUCCGACUUUUUUUUGAUAGAUAAUUUUGACCCUGAAUUUUUGUUGAUGUCACUUUUCUCAGUCCCGAUCUUUGAUAAUUUGAUCAGAAAAUGAAAACCUUCUUUUUAAUUACUAAAUUAAGCGUGGCCAAAAAGGGAGCUCUCUUUUAUUUUUCAUAUAAACCAACGUUCGCUUUAUCAUGACUGAAGACCAAGGAGCCUCAGCUAAUGAACUUAUGUUGGCUUUAUGCCGAAGUGAUCAGGAAGAUGAACUGAUUCAAUUACUCAGCGAAGGACAUUGCGACGUUACUUUCACAGAUGGUGCAGGAAACACUGCUGCUCAUUACGCAGCAAAAAACGGUUCGAUUGGUUGUCUGGAAGCACUUGUCAAUCAUGAUGAUAUUGAUUUGGAUAUGAAGAAUAGAAUAGAGGGAGACACACCACUCCAUUUAGCAGUGCAGUACGCUAAUGAAGACCAUGAAAUGGCAACUGCUAUGGUAGAGUUAUUAUUGGCUGGAGGAGCAGAUCCAAGCAUUGAAAACCGUAAUAAAUUAACACCAGCUAUGAUGGUCAACCCGAAAUUCCAAGAUAUCAAAUCAGCAUUAGAACAAGCCAACAUCUCAUAUGACAUCGAUGAUGCUGAUAUUGCAAAUGAUGAGGCCGUGAAUGAAGAUGAUUUAGGCUCGGGCUCGGAGACAGAAGAUUAGCCUCCUUCCCUAUGAUAAAUUGUAAAAAGUUGAUUCCCUUUUUUUUGUAGUAGUAGUUCUAGUGGAAAAGUAUACAGUAGUAAUUUAUUCCAGUUUGACAUAUCCAUUUAUGCUUUUUUUUUUAAAGACUUCACUUAUAAAAGCGCAUUGAAUUUUAAGGUCACGAGACUUUUUUUUUUCCUCCCAAUUUCAAAUA